CAACUAACUAAAGUGGCGCUUGUCCUGUCUGUCUUCUGGCUUGCAUUAUUUUUAUUGCAUGUAAAAUGAUAGAAAUAGUUAUUUUUACAUUGUUAUUUUGUAAACUCUGUGCAUACACUGUUUUGUUUCGUAAUAAUUAAUUAAAAUUUUGCGGAAUCAGUUAAAUUUACGGUUCAUAUCUUGUAAAUAUCGAGACGAUGCGUGCUCGUAAUAAAUCGCAGGCAGAAAGCUCUACAACAAGCAUUAGAACCUCUAACGGGAAGAAAAAUCUUUCGGAAAAGUGCCGAGUGUGUUUAAACGACGGAGAAAUACCUAUAUUCGGCGUUAAUGACAUUUCUCAAGAUGUCACUGACUUUGGAAAGAUCGAAAUCAGUAAAGAUGAUAACCUACCCCAAUAUUUAUGUGAAGGCUGCUUUACUUUGUUGGAAGCUGCCAUGCUAUUUAGAAAAACUGCGAAAGAAUCCGAAGAAGCUCUCAAAAGGAAUGAUAAUGCAGAUAGCGGCACAGAAGGUUCAGAUGAACUAUUCAUUAAAAAAGAAUAUCUUGAGUUAGUGUACAGCUCUGAAUCAGAAUUCAAUGAUUUUGACCAAAUUAAAGAGGAACCUGUAUCUGCAGAUGAGACGAUGUAUCCAUCUACAGUUUCUGAAACUGACAUGCAGGAUCAUGAUAAUGAUAAUUAUUUAGACAUAGAUUUACUUAAAGAAGAAGAAAGUAACCAUGCAUCAGAAUGUAAUAAGGAUGAAAUGAUAAUGAUUAUUGUCGAUGACAAAGAUAAAGAACAAGCUUCACAAACUGACAAAAGUCUCAUAAAGAUACUUCCCAAUCAAAUAGAAUGUGAUGUUUGCCAUACUGCUGUUCUUAAAACAUCAUAUAAACAACAUUUGAUAGAACAUAGAGAGAAAUACAAAGAAAAAUGUAACAAAAAGUAUAGAAAAGUUGAAUGUGAACAUUGUGGCAAAAAAAUAAGCAAAUCGUACCUCAAACAUCACUUGAAAUUGCACAGCUCAGAUGAAAACCAAGCGGACAGAUUAAUUGAAUGUAAAAUGUGUGAGAAGAUGUUUAGCAUCCGUUACUUCAAUGAUCAUGUCAGACGAAUGCAUAGUAAAACGAGUCAGGAAAAAGUUAAGACUAAAGAUGAGUCUCAACAACCCUCCAACUAUCUGAAAUGUCCUGUUUGUGAUAAAAUGAUUGGAGAUACCUUGUAUAAAGAACACUUGGCCAGACAUGGGUCAGGCUUCAGGCUCUUCAUUUGUGACAAAUGUGGGAAGGAAUUCAAACACCAAUCAGCCUUCAAAACUCACUGCCUCACACAUGGCAGUGAGUUAAAGUAUAAAUGCCAAUUUUGCCCUUAUCGGGGCUUGCAUCAAGCACUUCUAAAAAUCCAUGUGAGGACUCACACAGGAGAUUACAAUUACAAAUGUACAGAGUGCCCGGCCAAAUUCGCAACAAAGAGUAACUUGUCUAAACAUCUUGAGAGGCACAAAGGGAUAUUCAAAUUCAAAUGUGAGGAGUGUGGGAGGGGCUUCUAUUUCAAAAGGGAUCUUGAAAGACAUGCCCAGAAUGUUCACACUGCAGUUAAAAGUCAUAUUUGUGAGAUAUGUGGUAAAGGAUUUGGGCACCGGGACAAUAUGCUGGGCCAUCAGUUAAGAGUACAUAAAAGAGAUAAGAUCAUACACAUAGGCAGAAUGCCUUCGUACAUGAGACCAGAAUUUAAUCAACCUGAAUGAUUACCUUAAUGAUAUGUUUUGACUUGCUAUAAUUAUUAGAACAUUGUAUAUUUUUUUGGUUUAUGAAUUGAAUUAUACAAAAGGAGAUUGCCACGGGGCAGGUCCCUUUUGUGGUAUCGUGUGCCUGAAUGGAAUAAUAACCUAAAAAUAUUGUUUAUUUUUUUGUUUCCAAAUUAUUUUUUAUACAAUUUCUUUCACCCUGGGAAUAAAGUUAAAAUUAAUUAAUAGUUAAACAUUACGUCGACAUCCGUUUGAUUGGUAAACAAAAAAAAGUUGCCAGAUAUCAAAUAACUAUUGAAAAUUACGUAUUUUAAUCAAUAGAGUAAUCGAUAUCAAAACAAAACAGUUAUUAAAAAUAAAAAAAUACAAUUAUUUUUAAUUAUUAUUCUAACUAUAUUCAUGAUAAGUCUAUAUUGUUGAACAGAUAAGAUAAGAUAGAUAAGAUAAGAGCGAUUUUAAAUUAAAAUAAAAGCCUUACGUAAUUUAAAAACUUAAAUCGAUUUAUUAAUGAUUAAAUAUAAUUGCUCUGGCAACAUUUACUUGCGCAUGUCACAUCACUUUGACGUUCGUUCGUUGUGUGUUCGUGAUUGCUUUGUAUAAUACGUUGAGUUUUGAAUUCCGUAUUUACUUAGUUAUUAUUUACGAUACGUGCCUUUCUGCUACCACCGAGUUGAGCUAAUAAGUUCCUCGCGUACUUACUUUAUGUUUUGUGAGAUAAUUGACUCCUCUUUGUGAGAUAUUGACUCUAAGUGCUUGACUCUUGUUUGUGCUGUUCUUUGUGAGAUAAAGUGCUAUUCUUGGAGAACAAUUUGACUCUUAGUGAAAUCCUUGUGUGAUAUUGAACUCCCGAACUGUUUUUGUCAGAACUAUGUCUACCCCAGCCAGAAGUCGGGCACACCGCCUGUCUUACCGACGCUGUAUUAACUGUUCCCUUUUACUAGCGUCUAAUUUACGCCGGUAUACAGUUGAGGAGUUGAACGAGCAAAUGACAGUUCUUCUACGAACUUGGACAACGCCUACACCUGUAACGUCAGAUGAUAUCCUAUGUAUUGAAUGUUAUUUGCUGUUGCAAGAAAGGAUAUUGUCAAAUAUAACUGGAUCCCACGAGGAUAUAUCACCUGCAUAUGGUCACUUAAAUGUUUGUUAUGGAUGUGGUAUCUCUGUUGCAAGUCGGAGAACCCACAGAGUUGAGUUAGACUGUCCACAACGUAGCAUGAUUUUAAGAUGGACUUUAGCACAUCUGGUUCCACAUUUACAAAAAGUGUGCAUUCCUUGCUGGUUAGCAGCAACUCGGGAGACGAGACGUUUGGAGGUUCAAGAUUCAAACAGACCUGCAAGGGUCAUGGAUGCAGCUCUAUCUUCAUUAGAAGACCCCGAGAUACCUGAACCACCUCCAAUGCCAGCUCCAACAUCUCAACCACAACAAGCAUUACGAGUUCAAUCUAAGAUUAACUCACAAAAGUAUAAACGAGUUGCUGCAGCUUCUCGUCACUGUAUGUUUGUAGGCUGUGAUAAUGAUGAACGUCUUUUAGUACCUAUGACUAUAAAGGAACUGUUGUUAUUGCAGUACAAUAUAUAUAUACCUUUAAAUGCUAGAAUCUGUCAUCACCAUUUAUAUAGCAAUCAGUGGGAUGAACUGACUACCAACCUAAAUGACUUUACUAGCUUUCAAGUUGAUGAUAUAUUUUCCAUACUGGAAAGAGCUUCUCAAAGAAGUUUAGAUUUUAAUAAUAUUGCAGCAAUGGAUGCACAUUUACGCCAUUAUUGGCUGGGACUUACAGAGAUGCAGUUUAAUGAAAUAUUAAAUAGCCUUCCUACUUUACAUAAUAAGGUUAGAAAUCCUAGCCUUGCAUUAAGCACAUUUCUUGUUAAACUUAGGACAGGGGACAGCAACCAAAGACUGGCAACUCUUUUUCAAUUGCCACGAUCUACAUUAGAAAAAAAAAUGAACAUUGUUAGGGAAUGUUUAAAAGAACAUUUUGUACCAAUGCAUUUGGGAGUUAAUCACACUAAUAUACAAAAUGUGGCCUCACGUAACAGGACUAUUCCUGAAGGUCUAUUCGGAGACAGUAGCAUGGCUCCAGAUUCUAAACCUGCUAUUGUCAUAUGUGAUGGUACAUAUGUUUAUGUACAGAGUAGUAGUAACUACAAAUAUCAGAAACAGACAUAUAGUCUACACAAAUAUAAUAAUUUGGUUAAACCCUUUUUAAUCACAUGUUGUGAUGGAUAUAUUUUAGAGUGCAUUGGACCAUAUGAAGCAACAAAAAAUGACUCGACAAUCAUGAGUGAUCUAUUUCGUAAUGAAAGUGGUCCAAUGCGCUCAUUUUUUAGACAGGGGGAUGUCUUUAUAUUGGAUAGGGGAUUUAGAGACGUGAUCCCUGAACUCCAAAGCUAUAAUUAUAAAACAUACAUGCCUGAGUCAUUAUUGGAAGGUGAAUUUCAAUUGACCACUGACCAAGCAAACAAGUCUAGGUGUGUGACUAUGUGUAGAUGGGUAGUUGAAAUUGUAAAUGGUCGCAUCAAAAGAGACUACAAACUGUUUCGACAAGAAUAUUUUAACAGAGCAUCAACACACCUUAUGGAUGAUUUUAAAAUUGUUUGUGCCCUUUUGAAUAAAUUCCACCCAACAAUUGAAGAUAGACCUGACGCUGCAGAGUAUGUGCAAAUUGCUCAGGCGAGAUUAAACAGUAGUAAUUAUUUGGGGGAAUUUAUUCGAAGGGAUAACAUCAAUAGGAGACGUACGGUUUUCCAAAACAUAGACAGCAAUGCUCCCCAUUUAGAUCAUUUUCCAAGAUUAACUUUAGAUGAUUUAAGAAGAUUUGCAUUGGGAUCUUACCAAUUAAAACAGGCUAGAUCCUAUUAUGGGGAGCACAUAAGAAGUAAUGGUACUUAUAAUGUUGAAGUAAGCAAUGAUGUCUUGGAAGAGGAUUUGCCCUUAAUAUUGGGUCAAAAUAAUUAUUUAAUUAGGACUAGAAUUAAGUCCCGCCAUGUGAGCCAUAAAACAUAUUACUCUUAUUUGUUGAUAAGUAGAGAUGAAGAUCGGGCAAAUUCUUUAGAAAGUAUCAUUGCUUACUAUUGUAACUGUCUAGUGGGUAACCGUACGGUAGGGUGUUGUGCUCAUACUAUGACAGUAUUGUGGUAUUUAAGCUGGGGCCGCUUCAACAAUGUGAGUGCUCCAGCUCAAUCUUUGGACGAAAUAUUUUAUGAAGAAUAAAUAGUUUAUUCAUGUUU